AUCACCCACCAACAAUCGACAGCGACGUAAGUGUAAAGAGAAUGUGGCAAAUUACAGAGUGGUGAUGAACGAAAAUGGUGAAUAUCGAUUGGUGAUGAGAGAGAAAGAAAACGUCGAAGACCUUCAAGGUGGUCCGAAGUUAGAUGGGAAUGUAAAUAAGAUGAAUAAGGAUAAAGAAGAAAGUGGUGAGAGGCGAAAAAGUAAAAAAUUUUUGAGACACAAAUCAGGUGGCAACUACACAAAACCUUCAUUUUUCGGUUUGUUGAAACCUUACCAUCAUGAUUCGAUACCUACCACCUCUUCAACUUCCCACACCGAAUCUUACCAAGAUCUCCCCUAUUGUUAUUCUUACGAUGAUGAACCGUCUCACCAAGAACCGGGUCCGUUUUCACAAAGUCACGGCGCCAGCAAUAAAAAAAGAAAUAAUAAACACGAAUUGAGAAGGCAUUCAGCGGGUUGUGGAACCAUUGAUUUUGAAGAGUUUAUUGGAUCAUUGAACAUCAAGAGCGAAGACCUAGAAGAUAGAUUGCAAUGGUUAUUCCGAUUUUACGAUCAGGACAGCGACGGACUGAUCACGCGUGAUGAGAUGUUACAAAUUAUGUAUGCCAUAUAUAAUUGA